AUGAAACCAAUUUAUUUAAUAUUAAUAUUAAUAUGUGUUUCAGUUUAUGGAAUAGAUAUAAAUGUUGGUAAUAAUAACAAUAAUUAUAAAGAAGUGAUUGAAAUUCAAGUUGAUAGAGUUCAAGUAUUGUCAACUUCGGUGACUAUUAAUUUUACAUCAAAUUGUCCAACUUUUAUGCAAGCAUCUGUAUGGGGAUACACUUGUCAACCAACCAAACGUAUCAAUGAAAUACAAUGUACUGGGUUGGAGCCAGGUACCACUCAAGCCUACUUGGUUUUGUCUCAAUGUGGUAGUUCCUUUUUCAACACAUUCCUCAAUCUAAAGACAUUCCCAGCAGUUGGUAAUCCAGCCAUUUCCUUUAAGGUGUUGGAUUCAACAUCAUUCCAAGUAUCACAUAGAGCUAUUGGUGGUGCACCCUAUCAAUCAACUUACAAUGUUACUGUUAGAGGUGAAAAUAAUGGUUUCGAAAAGAAAAUUGAAAAUACCUAUUCAAGCGAUCAAGUCAUUCGAGUUCCACCCAAAUCAUCUCCAUCAUCUUCAUGUACCUAUAUAGUAACAGUCACUGUCUAUAAUGAUUAUAUAACAAAUACUUCUGUUGAUUCAAUUAAAUUACAACAAACAAAUAGAGAUAAACAAUUAGCAAGAGAAAAAGAGAAACAAGUAUUCCAAAAGAAAAUAGAUUCAGUCCCCGAUGAUACAGCACAUCAUAUGUUUUUUUCAUACAAUGAAGCAUUGGUACCACCAUACUAUGUGAUAUUAGAUACCAAUUUUAUAAACUUUUCAUGUUCUCUAAAGAUUGAUAUAGUGGAAGGAUUGAUGGAUUGUCUCUAUGCAAAGUGUAUUCCAUGUUUGACAGAUUGUUGUGCAGCAGAGUUGGAAAGACUCGGACCAAAGUUUAGAGUGGCAUUAAAGAUUUCAAAGGAUCCACGUAUUCAACGUCUACCUUGUUUCCACAAAGGUACCUAUGCCGAUGACUGUAUUAUAAAUAGAAUUACCAUGCAUCGUAUGUACUUGGUAGCUACAUGUGAUGCCGAUCUCAGAAGAAGAAUUAGAAAAAUACCUGGUGUCCCUUUAAUCUAUCCAAAGGGUAAAAGAUAUACAAUUGAAAGAUUACCAGAUGCUCCUGGUGCCAAGUAA